AUGUCAGCCUCUUCCAAACAGACGAAAGAAGAUGGGGAUCCAUCCAGUUUCUCCCCUGAGACUGGCAUUGAGUCCUUCGACCGCGCUCCGACAAGUCGCAAAUAUGCUCUUGUUGGAGUGGUGUGCUCGACUAUCAUCAGCUGCAGUUGCAUCAUUGUAGGCGGUGCCAUCUGCGUCAGUGAUGGAACCUCUGGUUACACGGGCGCGCCAUUGAGUGUCAACAAAGAAGCACUCGGCCUGACACUAAACUUACUCGUCACAUUGUGCACCGAGUCCAUUGGCCUCGUACACAGCGUCUCUUUACGCUCUGCACUAGCCUCAGAGAAUCGGCUCCAUUUCAACACCAACCUGCGCCUCCUGACCGCAGCUCAUGGAUGGUGCAGUCCCAAUGGCGUCUUCUUUAAUGGCGUCAUGACUGUCCUCCUCAUAAUGUCCUACAGCUCAUCCUCACUUGUCAUAUACACUCCCGUCGAUCCCGACCGUAAUCAGACACCCAUGAUAAAACUUGUGGUGAUCGCAUUGUCAGGAAUGUGGGCUGUCGAAAUAUUGACAUGGAGUUCCUCGCCUUUCGACUUCACCUGCCGCGAUGGUCCACAGCACCCAAUUGACCGCAGUUCGUUCGCGAUGCAUGCGUGGCGUGUCUGUGCAGUGGCGUGUCUGACCUGGACGUGGACGGAAGUCCAGCGAAGCCGUCAGAGAUACAGCUCUCGGCAUGGCAAGCUCACCCUAGCAUCCGGAGAGUCAUCAUUUAUCUUUGGGUCGUCGUCGUUACAUACGUCACAAUUGGCCGCGCUCGUCACGCAUUAUGGUGGCAUAUACACCUGGUCAUUCCUCUUCAACGAGAAUUCCGGUUACGUGACAUUGAACCUUCCGGGACCAUUGACACUUGGGCUGCACUGUUCGGAACUCAUCGCGAGUGUUGUGCAAAACGAAAGGCAAUGGAGAUACGCUACAGGAGAGAAAGGACUUGAUACGACGACAAACCCGCUCAAGACAUUUUUCACUAAUCCGCUCGGUUUGAUACUUUUCAUCGUGAAGCCUGCGUUACACUGGAUGUUUGGGCUUUCAUUCACUCAGUAUUCAUACCAGUACAUGGUGACAUUCAUAUUUGAAUGGACGGAGGGAGGGACCAUGUUGAUAAUGUUUUCCUCUCAUAUCUGGAACAUGUGUAUGGCGCUCUUUAUAUUUGCCUGUGGCUGCACUCUCGUCGCACGGCACCGACCGCGUGGCCCCCAGCCGGCCACAUACGGGCACCUCCAGACGCUCGCCAACCUCGUGGACGAGUGGUCGUCUGUGAUGUGGUGGGGCCACAAGGCGGAUGGAAACCCCUAUUGCCAUGCUGGGACGAGCGAUCAACCGCUGCCGAAGGUGAAGAUGGACUGCGUUUAUGCUGGUUUCAAUGCCGCUCCCGUCCAUCCAUCCCGUGAGAUGGCUUUGCUUUUGUAA